GCCAGGAUAAUGUGACAGCGCUGAUGUUCUCCCACAUAGCUAGAGCAUUCUAUUGCUAGAUUUCCAUCCAGCAACAAAAAUGAUGUCCCUGUCCCUAUUGUCAUGUCUACUGAUACUCCUGAACCUUUGGUCGAUCCCGGUCAACUCUACUGCUUCUUCGUCUUCUUCGAAACCGGCCACUGACUCUUCGGUUGAAAUUGCGGCCUACUACUAUCCGUGGUACGACGGAAACGACAACUUUCACUGGGAUCAAGGAUUCUUGCGCUCCAAGCUCGAGAUCCCACAACGUCCAUUUCUGGGUCGCUAUACAUUGGAAGAUCCAGCCACGGUCGACCAGCACUUGGAAUGGGCGAAUGAGUAUGGCAUUUCCCAGUUCAUUUGUAGUUGGUGGGGACCACAAAACGCCAACGAUUAUGUUCUAUUGCACAACCUCUUACGAUCGCCCAAACUUGGCAGAAAUUUCAAGAUUGCGCUAUUGUACGAAUCGCUUGGUCUGUUGGAUAUUUUUAAGGCGGAAGAUGGAUCGUUGCAUUUUGAUGAACAAGGCAAAGCAUAUCGAACGCUACUGUCGCAUGUGGAAUACAUGGCACAACAGUACUUUUCCCAUCCCAAUUAUCUCAAAGUCCAUGGCGGGAAACCCGUCGUGUACUUUUACGUCACACGCAUCUUUCAAGGAGCCUACCGACAAGCGUUUGCCAAAUUGCGUCUCACAAUACAACAGGACUACGGUGUCGACUUGUAUCUCGUUGGUGAUGAGGUGUUUUGGGAAGGACCCGAUCCCAGCCGCAUCACUGUUUGGGAUGCCGUGACGGCCUACAACAUGCAUGGACCACCUCGGUAUGCUGGAUAUCCUGCCGUCACGAAUCUGUUUCAAGACAUUGAAAACAUGUAUACCCAAUACCAAGUGGUGGCCAAUGCCCACAAUGUCACGUUGCUUCCAGGCAUUUCUCCGGCAUUUAAUGAUCGCGGGGUCCGGCUAGAAGCCAAUCACUAUCCCAUUCCACAUGAAGUGCGAGCCGAGUUGGCAGGAACGGGUCAAUAUACAACCUUUUGGGAAGGUCUUCAAAUGGCCAAGAGGGUUCUGGACAACCAACAAGAAGUCGCAGACGCUCCAUGUACCAUUGUGGUGACGUCGUUCAAUGAAUGGCACGAAGAUUCGGCCAUUGAACCCACCGUACGAUAUGUUCCUCCAUCCAAGAAACCGGACUUGUUGACGAUGGGAUAUACCUACGAGGCGUAUGGCUUUCGGUUGUUGGGAAUGGUACAGCGCUUUCUCAAUGAAACAAAUAAUAAUCGCGAGCAUGGGCACGACGACGAGGAAAAGAACACACCAUCCAUGCAACAACAAGCGUCUGGGAGCUUGACAAGCACGGUCUGA